CCAGCUGUGGGUCUGUAGGCCACACUAUUCACUAGCCCCCCUCCUUGAGGAGGUGAACUUCAGUCAGUGCAACCAACGACGACGUUCCAAGUAAUUACCGCGCGGUUCUUUUGUCUUGGCGCUUGGCGCGAUCGAACACCUUCGCAUCCACCCGCAGACUGGGUGCAUUGGUCGAGGGACCCACCAAUAGUGCAGUGAGCGUCGCACACAGAGUGACCAGAAGAAAGUGUCCCCCAAAGUGUGAAGUGAAAACAGAAAAACCCCGUGGUGUGGUGACGAAAGAGAUUAGAUUGCAGCACUCACCCACCGCACUCGCUCACCGUUGUUGGGAGUGAUUAGGAGGUAUCGGGUGUCGGACCAUCUCACCACACAGCAAAUGAAAAUGAAAUUAGCGGUGCUGCUCCUCCCGCUGCUGACGGUUGGGACCUCCUUAGCGAUAACGACAUCACCCAUCGAGACGCCCGCAUCCAAACCGGAUCCCAGUCGGAAGGAGAAGCGUGGCAUCUUCGGUCUGGGAGCCUACGCACCGGCGGCCCCCGUUUAUGGUCACGCUUUUGCCCAUGCCCACGCCCACGCUCACGCCCAUGCCUUCCCAGCUCCAGCGGUGGCGGCGCCACUGCCUCUGCCUCAUUUCCACGAUGGUGUCGUAGUAGGCGCUGCCGUGCCACCGUCGGGCCCCCUUGGACCGAUCCUGGGAGCUCACGCGCACACCCACAGCCACACGGUGGUCACCAAGAAGAUUGGCAUCCCCAUCCCGCAGCCGUACGCCGUCCCGGUGGAAAAGCCAUACCCCGUGCCGGUCAAGGUGCACGUCCCCAUCCCGGUGGACCGCCCCUACCCGGUGGCUGUUCCGAAACCGUUUGCCGUUCCCGUUGACCGACCCUACCCGGUUCCCGUGGAUCGUCCCUAUCCGGUUCCGGUGGCCCAACCCGUCCCCGUUCCGGUGGUGAAACACGUAGGAAUACCCGUUCCGGCACCGGUGCCGGUGGCCGUCCCCAAAGCGGUGCCCGUCCCGGUCCACACGCCCGUCGUGGCCGCACCGUACGGACCGGACCCAUGGGUCGGUGCGAAGCUGUGGUAAAACCGGAGAAGGAAGUCAUUUUCAGCCGAACAACAGCACAAAACAUUAAAGAGAUUAUUAUAAUCACCACGUCUAGUGGAGUUAAAUUAAAU